GGGUGCAGCUGCAGGAGUCCUUUCUUCCCCUCUUCCGAAGGAAAUCGGCUGGAAUCGCCUCGCCCUUUUUCCCUGCUCGAGGGGAGAAUUCGGAUUUCGCCUCUUUGCAGGAAAGGGCUCUGGGUCCCGGGGCCAUUCCUCGACUCUCAGCCGCAUCGAAGGGAAAUACUCUUCUUCCAGAGCUCUGAGGAAACAGGGAGGUGUGAAGAGGCCCUCUUGUCAGGGUACGCUAAAGAAGAGACUGCCGCCUUGUCCUUGGAUUGUCCGUGCGAAGCAUUAAGAAGUUAACCAUACAGGUCUGUUAUGGAAGUUAUUAAGUUCGUUUUUGGCAUUGUAAAUGUGGGAGCUUUUGACUGCUAUGUGUGAAUUCAUUAUUGUCAUUAGGCCACGCCCCUGAAGAUGAAGAUUUACGAAAUCUGAGCUUGUAGCCGGCCCCGGAUUGGGUGCACGGCCCGGACUUUGUUUAUUCAGCAUUCUAACGGUCAACGGACUUCAAGCUGCGGAUCAAAAGCACGUAGGACAUUUUUGUUGGACUUUUAUGGACUUUGGUACACACUGUAGAAGUAUUAAGCACUUCGGUGCAAUGUAAAGGUGUUAAUUGCUGAAGUCUUCCUGAAGUAUAUAUAAUGUUUGUAAAUUACAUGAACAAAUGUAAUACAUGAACAAAUGCUGUCAAAUAUAGUUUAAGUAAUUUUUUCUGAUUCUCCCAUGAGGAUUCCUCUUUUCAGUAGUGCAUAUUUUUCCGGGAGACGCCAUUCAGUUUUCUUCCCAUCCAAACUGAGGCUAUGCCCUGUUCGCUGUCAUUGCCGCUGUGAAUGCAAAGGACAAAAGAACCAGUCCACAUAGAUUUUCUCCAUUCUUUCCCCUCCUGCCCACCUUUCCCUCCUGCCCCACAUUGCCACUGGUGGGCUUUUUGCCUAUAUUAACAAUCAUUGAUUGGUAUAUCUCAGUAGUAUUUUUAUGCUGGAGGAAUAUACUGAGGACCAACAAUUUUUUUUUUAAAUGGCAAAAAGCCUGAAGGAGAAUGGGGAACGAUGGGUGUGAAGGGAAACAGAGUGUGGGGGGGCACCUCCCUUUCCAUGCUGGGAAAACGGCCUUUCCAUUCCAGAUGGCUGAGUUUACACCUCUGAGGGAAAACAACAACAUCCCUUUGAUGCACUCAGGCCUUGUUAUUGGGCCAUGAAAUCAGGUGACUCUGAAACCCUGGUCCUCAUUGGGAAAUGCCCCUUUUGCACAUGCGGAGGAAGCCCUGAGAAGGAGCUAUCCCUUUGUGUACAUGCGCAUGAAAGUGUGUACAUAUGGGAUCCUAUCAAGACAGAAGGACCCAAGCACCUGUGCCAUCCACCCUCUGCCUUCUCCAGUCCAAUGGGGGUGCGGGGGUUGAUGUACCAAACAGUAAGUUUCCACUUAGCUCAGCAAUCUUUUGACUUUUAUUUCCUUAGAUUAGUUCUGCAUUGUAUUUACUCUAGAGUUGUGCCUUUGUCAUAACAAAGCAUGUUUAGAUAAAACUCUAUUGCUUUAGUUCCACCUGCACCUUACUGACCACUAGUCCAUGGAACCCAAGUAUCCCUUGGAGCAACUUUACCCCUGGGCAAUUGGUAGAGAACAAGGGGAAGUACCCAGCACAGGGGCUGAAACCUGGGGUGCUGGCAAACUCCCAGAGGCCUCCAGCAUCCUACCUUGCAGGGCAUCGAAGGGAAAAAUGAAUGAUCUCCUACCCAGAUUCAAAACCGGGGCUGCUUGUCACUGAGAGGAACUCACUGGGAGCUGGGCAAGGAAAUGUUUAUGAAUGAUUGCCUCACUUAUAGCAAGGCAGAAGGCCCAUCUCUCCAGAAGCAAAAUGGACCAGGCCAGAAUGUGACAAUGCUGUUGCCGGUUUUGUUACUGGCUUUGUUUGCAAACAAGGGACUUUUGACAUACCCAGAAGUCUUCCAAGACAAGAAGGAAAAUGGGGGUGGUGGAAGUGAGACAAGGAAGGGGCCAUUUCAGGAGAUUGCUUAGGAUUUCUUUUCUGUGAGACCUCUGGCUGUUACGUUUUGCCUAAGGAAAGAUGCAAGCUGUGUAAAAGGUGUCCUGCAUUUGUACUGGAACCUUUUUUGUGGGUGUAGCUUCCAGAAGAGUAGCGGUGACAGGGCCAAAGAUGUAGGCGAGUGAAUGCAUGGCUUUUCAGAGGAACAGCAGUCACACAUCUGCAUUCUUCCUCCUCCUCCUCCUCAUCUUGCGUGACCUCAGCAUACGUGGUCUCUUCCUGCUGUGAGGAAGAGUCAGAGCUCAGUGAGCGCAGCCCCUGCUUAGCCUGCCAGGUUCAAACCCCACCCACCCCCAUCUCUAUUUAAAGAGUAUCAAGCAGGACCUUUCUCUGCUUGACGUCAUGGAGAGCUAAUGCCAGUCAGAACAGAUAACAAUUUGCUAGAUAGACCAGUGCUCUGAUUCAUGAAAAGGGACAUUCACUAGUUCAGCCCCUCCCCAAGACAUGAGAGAGACUCCCUUAAAAGUAAAUUACCUGAUGUUUUAAAUGAUCUGUAUGUCUUUAUUUCUUCACAUCUUUGAAAGGACUUCUGAUUUCAAAAGAGGACCUUCUCUCUUGCUUGGAGAAGAGGAAGAACUGUUCACCCAGGACUCCCAAGGAAGCAGAGCGACCAGCAGGAAAUUAAUGGGAGUCAGAGACUGACAGGGAACCAGGGAAGAUGUCUGUAGCAAGAGUUGGGGGUCCGGAAGCAGAAGAAGAACCUGGUAAACAAGAUUUAAGAAAGAGACAGCUGAAAAGGAAAAGUGAAGCCCAGUGGGAACAAAAGAAGGAAUCAGUUACCUGUCAGCUGAGAAACUCAUGUGUGAACCCAGGCAAUAACAAAAUAAAGAAGGAAAAGAGAAGGAAUACAUGCUGUGUGAAGGGGAAAAGGUUCAGCUACAAAUCUAGGGUUAUGAAAGAAAAGAACAUUCAAACAGGAGAGAAGCCAUACAGAUGCUUGGAGUGUGGGAAGUGCUUCUCUGUGACUAGCAACCUUACUGUACAUCAGAGGAUUCACACAGGGGAGAAGCCAUACAGAUGCUUGGAGUGUGGGAAGUGCUUCUCUGUGACUAGCAACCUUACUGUACAUCAGAGGAUUCACACAGGGGAGAAGCCAUUUAAAUGCUUGGAGUGUGGGAAGAGCUUCUCCCAGAAGGGCAGCUUUACUAUACAUAAGAGGAUCCACACAGGGGAGAAACCAUAUAAAUGUUUGGAGUGUGGGAAGAGUUUUUCUCAAAAUUCCCACCUAACUAUACAUCAAAGGAUUCACUCAGGGGAGAAGCCAUUCAAAUGCUUGGACUGUGGGAAGAUCUUCUCUGAGAAUGGCAAGCUUACUAUACAUCAAAUGAUUCACACCAGGGAGAAGCCAUAUAAAUGCUUGGAGUGCGGGAAGAGCUUUUCUGAGAAAGGUAGCCUUACUAUGCAUCAGAGGAUUCACAUGAGGGAGAAGCCAUUUAAAUGUUUGGAGUAUGGGAAGAGCUUUACUCAAAAUUACCACCUAACUGUACAUCAAAGGAUUCACACCAGGGAGAAUCCAUAUAAAUGCUUGGAGUGCGGGAAGAGCUUUUCUAGGAAAGGUAGCCUUAUUAUACAUCAGAGGAUUCACACAGGGGAAAAGCCAUUUAAAUGUUUGGAGUGUGGGAAGAGCUUUUCUUGGAAAGCUAGCUUUACUUUACAUCAGAGGAUUCACACAGGGGAAAAGCCAUUUAAAUGCUUGGAGUGUGGGAAGAGCUUUUCUUGGAAAGCUAGCUUUACUUUACAUCAGAGGAUUCACACAGAGGAGAAGCCAUAUAAAUGUUUGGAGUGUGGGAAGAGCUUUACUCAAAAUUACAACCUAACUGUACAUCAAUGGAUUCACACAGGGGAGAAGCCAAUCAAAUGCCCGGACUGUGGGAAGAGCUUUUCUUGGAAAGGCAGCCUUAUUUUACAUCAGAGGAUUCACACAGGGGAGAAUCCAUAUAAAUGCUUGGAGUGCGGGAAGAGCUUUUCUGGAAAAGGUAGCCUUACUUUACAUCAAAGGAUUCACACCAGGGAGAAGCCAUAUAAAUGCUUGGAGUGUGGGAAGAGCUUCUCUGUAAAUAGCGAUCUUACAGUACAUCAGAGAAUUCACAUGGGGGAGAAGCCAUAUACAUGUGUGGAGUGUGGAAAGAGCUUCUCUCUGAAUAGCAACCGUACUGUACACCAGAGAAUUCACACCAGGAAGAAGCUAUAUAAAUGCUUGGAGCAUGGGAAGAUCUUUUCUCGGAAUGACUACCUAACUGAACAUCAAAAGACUGACAGAGAGGAAUCUUUAUAUAAGUGCUUGGAGUGUGGGAAGAACUUCAAUGACCGUCCAUGCCUAAUGGCACCGCCAGUGUCCUUUGCGGAGGUGGCCGUGUUCUUUACAGAGGAGGAAUGGGCUCUUUUGAAUCCGGCCCAGAGAGCUCUCUACUGGGAAGUCAUGCAGGAAAAUUACGAGACUGCGGCCUCUCUGGGACUUUGUGUUCCUGGGCCAUUCCUGAAUUCUCAGCCACCUCUAAAGGAAAUGUUCUUCCACCAGAGCUCUGAGGAAACAGGACGGAUUGCCAGUGCCCUCAUGUCAGAAGAUGGAUCCUUGAGAGAAGAGGAAGGCCUUGUGUCAGAAGACGCACUAGAGAAUUUACAAGGGCGAUCUCAAGAUAAGAUUUCCCUCCUGAAUGGACCAGGAGAUGAGAAGUUGGAAAGUGACAGCGACUCAGGAGGGAUGUCAGUAGGGAAAACUGAGAAGCUGGAGGCAAAAGGAAGUCCUGUGAAUCAAGAUGGACCAAAGAGGCAGCUGAGAGGGAAAAGGGAAGACUUGGUUGCCUGCAACAAAGGAAGGAAGUUGCAUGAGAUCUCAUCCCAAGGCAAAAUACAGGAGAGAAAGGGGGGGAAUGAAUGCCCUUUGAAUGGAAAAGAGUCUAACUGCAUGUCCAGGGUUAAGAGAAAACAGAAAAUUCAAACAGGUGGGAAGCCAUAUAGUUGCUUGGAGUGUGGGAAGAGCUUCAACUGGAAACACUAUCUUAUUUCACAUCAAAGGAUUCACACUGAGGAAAAGCCAUACAAAUGCUUGGAAUGUGGAAAGAGCUUUACUUGGCAAUACUGCUUUACUUUACAUCAGAGCGUUCACACUGGAAAGAAAGAACAUAAAUGCUCAUAUUGUCCCAAGAGAUUUUCUGAUAAGUCAACCCUUAUUAAACACGAGCGGAUUCAUACAGGGGAGAAGCCGUAUAGAUGCUUGGAAUGUGGAAAGAGCUUCAAUCAGCUUUGCAGCCUUUCUUCACAUCACACAAUUCACACAGGGGAGAAGAAAUAUAAAUGCUCAGAUUGUAACAAGAGCUUUUCUUGUCAGUCAAGCUUAAUUCAACAUCAGAGGGUUCACACAGGGGAGAAGCCAUUUCAAUGCCUGGAGUGUGGGAGAUGUUUCGCUGUAAAAAGAAAACUUACUGUACAUCAAAGAAUUCACACAGGGGAGAAGCCAUUUAAAUGCAUUGAGUGUGGAAAGAGCUUCUCUCGGAAUGACCACCUUACUGGGCAUCAGAGGACUCACACAGGUGAGAAGCCAUUCAAAUGCUCAUAUUGUACUAAGAGUUUUUCUCUUAAAGGAAGCCUUAUUAAACAUCACAGAAGGCACACAGGAGAGAAACCAUUCAAAUGCUCAGAUUGUAGCAUGAGCUUUUCUGAAAAAAGAAGCCUUAUUCAACAUCAGAGAAGGCACACAGGAGAGAAGUCAUUCAAAUGCUCAGACUGUAGCAAGAGUUUUUCUGUUAAGUCAAGCCUCAUUGAUCACAGGAGGAUUCACACAGGGGAGAAACCCUACAAAUGCUCAUAUUGUGGCAAGGGUUUUUCUUUUACAUCAAGCCUUACUUAUCAUCACAGAAUUCACACAGGGGAGAAGCCAUUCCAAUGCUCAGAUUGUAGCAAGAGCUUUUCUGUUAAGUCAAACCUCAUUAAACACGAGAGAAUUCACACAGGGGAGAAGCCCUACAAAUGCUUGAAGUGUGGGAAGAGCUUCUCUGCGAACAGUAGCCUAAGAGUACAUCAGAGGAUUCACACAGAAGACAAAUCAGCAGGCCAAUCAAAAAAUGUUUUGUCCUUUGAAAAAGUAUGAUUCUUUCAGGGUUCCCACCUCGCAAUGUCCUCAGCAUGGCAGCUAACUAGAAGGAGGGCUGUGACUCAUACCAAGAUGCAAUGGACAGUUGCCUCUCUCUGCUGUGUUUGGAGCUUACCCCUGGUUAUUUUGAUUUAAAUGGACUUCAUUUGAGACUAGAACAAAGGCAUACAGCGAGGAUGGGAUUACACCUUCUGUUCCACUCCACUUUUCCUACUCAAAACAAUCCCAUUAGGCUUCAGUCCAGAGUACCUGAGCUACCUGUAGAAGAGACAAAAGGCAUGGAGGAAGACUCCCCCUCUCCCGUCCUGAAGAGCCACAUUGCACGGAAGUUCCAGCAUUCCACACCUACCGCCCACAAUACAGAGGUGGCUUACAGCAUUCUGCAAAAUAUGUAAAGCAAAAUUGUUGAGUGCAUUUCUCUAAUGGUAAUAGAGCUGUAUUAUUAGAAAAUGGUUUAGGAAUGCACUUUUUAAUGGGAUGAGGACUGUGAACUAUAUCUUUGUGUAGAGUAAUUAUUAUCUGUUUCUGAACAUAAUAGUAUUCUACUCUAUGUUGUUUUUAUAUUUACAUAAUACCAUUUUCUUCGUUGUUUAACAUACAAUAUCUGAUGUUGGAGAGCUGCUGUAGCACAAUGGUUAAUAUCUAAUGUUCUGAAUAUUUUCACUUUGU